AUGGCAACUUAUGUUUACUGUGCAGCACACACCUUAAACUUGGCAGUAUCUAAAUCUUGUACAAUACAAUCAAUUAGAAACUGCUUGGGUACUAUUGGAAAAGAACGAGAUUUCUUUGUAUACCCAAAACGAAAAAAUAUACUUUCGCAAACGAUCGAAGACUUUAAUGGAACAAUUAAUGCAAAAACAUUAAAACUCAACUGUGCUACAAGAUGGAUCGAACGUUUUCAUUCGAUCAUGAUUUUAUCGUACUUUUGGAAUGUGUCAUUGAUUCCUUAG